UGCGUCACAUUAAAGCGCCUGCAAAUGCUUGUUGCUAUGGAUACGAGGCUCUUGUUUACAGACUGAAAGAGACCUUUUUCCCCGCAACUAUGGACUCAAAUGUGCACAUAGAAAUAAUUGGUUUGAUUAAAGACAGUAGUUUUCAUGUUGCCAAGAGCAUCGCCGAGGGACUAAAACAGACGUUUCCUGAGGCAUUCAUGACUCCAACAGUUCAACCAUUACUGGAAUUUGACUGGUACACAUUUCUGUGCAACAAGAAAAGGGAGCUGCGUGGUGAAGUGUGGCAGUACGCCAGCAGACUGAUGUGCUUUCUGAACAGCCAUCUCCUCGGGAAUGAGAAAGAUCUUGCCAGCUGGGCCAAGAAGCAGUGGGGUUACACUUUUGUCCGGCCACAGGCUUUCUAUAAGGCUCUCACUGUGGACUACUACUCCAGACACCUCCGGAAAACCGGGCAUCAAUUUGUCUUCAUGGACAUUGAGAUAGCAGGAGAAGCAGUGGGGAGGUUGUUGUUUGAGCUGUUCUCAGACGUGUGUCCAAAAACAUCAAAGAACUUCGAGGCUCUGUGCACAGGAGAGCGAGGUCUGUCACAGAGCGGCCUCCAGCUCCGCUACAAAGGCACCGUCUUUCACCGGGUGGUGCCCAACGGCUGGGUACAAGGUGGAGAUAUUUCUCCAGAAAGUAAAGGUGAUGGAGGAGAGUCAAUAUAUGGAUCAACGUUUGAGGGUACAGACAUCAACAGUCCUACAGUAUUACCAUGUGAACACACUGUGCGUAUGUGUGGAUUUACUACAUCUGAACAUGUGUCUUUUCUCCUUUUAGAUGAGAGCUUUGCUAUUUCUCACAAUAAGCGGGGCACUCUGGGAAUGGCCAAUAAGGGCCCCCAUAGCAACGGAUCCCAGUUCUACAUCACGCUGCAGCCAACACUCUGGAUGGACAGGAGCUAUGUUGCCUUCGGUCAAGUGGUUGAAGGUGUCGAUGUCCUCAGGAGAUUAGAAGAAGCCCCGACUUGCAAUGAAAGACCAAAGUAUGAUUGCAAAAUUGUAGAUUGUGGAGUAUUUAAGUUAUAGGUCCUAAACAUUACUCACUGUUGUUGCCUUUUCAAAUAAAGUUUUUAAAAAUAUA